AUGGAGCGUAACGGCGUGAACGGCAGCUCGAAGGAACCGAAGUUGGAACAGCAAACGCACGCUGCUAAAGCGGUUCAUGGCAAACGACACAAUAAGCUGUGUAAUCCUGUGCAGGAUAACGCUGGCUACGGUAGCUUCGAAAUGGUACAGGAAAUCGCCACUUACCUGUUGGAGCGCACGCGCAUCCGUCCACGGUGCGGAAUCAUAUGUGGGUCAGGACUGGGCUGCCUGGCCGAUCAGCUGACGGACGUGGACAGCUUCGAUUAUGAGACGAUCCCGCAUUUCCCCAUUUCGACCGUCGCAGGCCACGUUGGGCGGCUCGUGUUCGGUUAUCUGGCAGGUGUACCGGUGCUCUGCAUGCAGGGACGCUUCCACUACUACGAAGGAUACUCGCUGGCAAAGUGUUCCAUGCCUGUGCGGGUGAUGCGGCUCGUCGGAUGUACGCACCUGAUCGCAACAAAUGCUGCUGGUGCAACCAAUACCGACUACCGCGUUGGUGACAUCAUGCUGAUCAAGGAUCACAUCAACCUGAUGGGUUUCGCCGGGAAUUGCCCUCUUCUUGGACCGAACGACGACCGGUUUGGACCACGGUUCCUCGGUAUGGCCAAAGCGUACGAUCCAACCCUGCUACAAAUGGCUCGGGAAGCCUCCCGACAGGUACCGGGCCUGCCGGAGAUCCUGCGCGAAGGCGUGUACUGCUGCGUCGGCGGUCCAAACUUCGAAACGGUCGCGGAAGGACGCCUACUGGCGUUACUCGGUGUGGACGCGAUCGGUAUGUCAACCGUGCACGAGAUCAUCACCGCUAGGCACUGCGGGUUAACGUGCUUCGCCUUCAGCCUCAUCACAAACAUGUGCACCAUGAGCUACGACGAGGAGGAGGAACAUUGCCACGAGACGUUCGUGAACGUUGGCAGGCAGCUCGAGAGCCGCAUCUGUGACCUGGUCACGCGGGUUGUCGGUGCAAUUCCACGCACCGAAAAUGGCGGCACUCGCACGGAGUAGGUGCUGCUGAGGUCGCCAUGUUAGUUUUCUGUUCUAUUCUGUCAAUCAGUCGCCGCCUGCUGUUUGCCACUUCUGUGUCUGUUCAUUGUUCUUUUGUGAUGUCUUUCUUUCUUUUGUUUCUGCGUGUUAUCAUGUGUGUUGUAUUAAAUGGUAGUUUCUGCUGCCGGUCUCGGUUCAAUACCGGCUUAGUUUACG